AUGAGCAGCACCAACGAGUCGAGCAUCUCAGAGUUCCUCCUCCUGGGACUCUCCAGGCAGCCCCAGCAGCAGCAGCACCUCUUCCUGCUCUUCCUCACCAUGUACCUGGCCACUGUCCUGGGAAACCUGCUCAUCAUCCUGGCCAUCGGCACAGAAUCCCGCCUGCACACCCCCAUGUACUUCUUCCUCAGCAACCUGUCUUUUGUGGAUGUCUGCUUCUCCUCCACAAUUGUCCCCAAGGUAUUGGCCAUCUACAUACUUGGGAGUCAGAUCAUUUCUUUCUCUGGAUGUCUCACUCAGCUCUAUUUUCUCUGUGUGUUUGCUGAUAUGGACAAUUUUCUGUUAGCUUUGAUGGCCUAUGACCGAUUUGUGGCCAUAUGCCACCCUUUACACUACAGAACAAAGAUAACCCAUCAGCUCUGUGCCCUUCUUGUUGUGGGGUCAUGGAUCAUAGCCAAUCUCAACUGUCUGUUGCACAUACUGCUCAUGGCUCCACUCUCCUUCUGUGGAAACAACAUGAUCCCCCACUUCUUCUGUGAUGCAACUCCCCUUCUGAAACUCUCCUGCUCAGACACACAUCUCAACGAGCUGAUGAUUCAUACAGAGGGAGCUGUGAUCAUGGUCACCCCAUUUGUCUGCAUCCUGAUCUCCUACAUGCACAUCACCUGUGCUGUCCUAAGAUUCUCAUCCCUUAGGGGAGGAUGGAAAGCCUUCUCCACCUGUGGAUCCCACUUGGCUGCGGUCUGCCUCUUCUAUGGCACCAUCAUCGCUGAGUAUUUCUCUUCUUCAUCCUCUCACUCAGCUGGGAGGGAUAUAGUAGGUGCCAUAAUGUAUACAGUGGUGACCCCAAUGCUGAACCCUUUCAUCUACAGCCUGAGAAACAGGGAUAUGAAAGGGGCUUUAAGGAAAGUGCUCACCAUGAGAUUUCCAUCAAGGCAGUAA